AUACUGUGGUACUCUAUACCGGCAACCAUCUCAUUCAGAUUGCACCUCGGUUAAAAAAAUGCAGAGGUAAAAACGUUCAACAACUGGGACCUCAGAAAUCUCUGACUUCCGACUUAAGUGCAUUCAAGAUAACUGGGGAACUCAACAAAAUAUAUACAAAAAAGCUCAGAUCUAACUCGGAAUUCGAAGUUGGAAACUCAGGCAUCUUUCUACAGCUCCAACUUUCCGACUUGAAGAUCACCGACAUCAUGAUUUGACCUCGUUUUUUGUUCCCAGUUUCUUGAAAGCACAAAAAGAAAAAUACGGACAGUUUGUAGAAUGGUAAAAGUGCUUCUGUGAGACGUCACACACCCAAGAAGGCUCACCAAUCACCCGACCUAAAUCAUUAAUGUUAAUGCCUUUGGCUCCAGCUAUCCUACGAAAGGACAUUUCGCACACGGCGUAACGUCACGUUUCAACCCGUCCAGUUGGUGGCGGCAAUACACCUUUUGGGGUUGUAGUCCGCGAUAAAACCCACAGAAGAAGAAGGAAGACGUGACGUCACUGUUUACAUCUAAAGGCCCUUUCUCUUCCUCAUAGUGUGAGGAAAAAGAGCUACCAAAAAUGACAACAGCCGCGAGACCAACGUUUGAGCCAGCGAGAGGAGGGAGAGGGAAGGGAGAGGGCGAUCUCAGUGCCUUGUCCAAACAGUACUCAAGCCGAGAUCUGCCUGGUCACACAAAGAUCAAAUACAGACAGCCCACCCAGGAUGCCCCCGAGGAGGUGCGUGCCCGUGACUUCCGCAGAGAGCUGGAGGAGAGGGAGCGUGUUGCUGUCCGGGAGAAGACCAGAGAGAGGGGACCUAGAGAACACACCACAUCUUCAUCCUCGUCCUCAAAGAGGCCCAGACUAGAUCAGAUUCCUGCUGCCAACCUUGAUGCAGACGACCCCCUCACUGACGAUGAUGAGGAAGAUGAUGACUCUGAGGACAGUGAUGAUGAUGACACUGCAGCUCUGCUGGCUGAACUGGAAAAGAUCAAGAAGGAGCGGGCUGAGGAGCAGGAACGUAAGGAGCGGGAGCAGAAAGCUGAGGAGGAGAGGAUCCGCAUGGAGAACAUCCUGAGUGGGAAUCCUCUGCUCAACCUGGCAGGACAGCAGCAGCAGCAGCAGCAGCAACAGAUAGUCCCCACCCCGACUGCCUUCAGCGUCAAGCGGAGGUGGGACGAUGAUGUAGUGUUCAAGAACUGUGCAAAGGGAGUGGAUGAGGCACGCAGGGAGAAACGCUUCGUCAAUGACACUCUGCGCUCCGAGUUCCACAAGAAAUUCAUGGAGAAAUAUGUGAAGUAGAACUUACAACUCUGCUUUGAAGGUGUUUCAUUUCACUCGACUCUGCUCUGUUUCCAGUUCAUCACUGACUGAUAGGGAUUCGUCUGAAAUCAUUGAAUGAACCUGAAGAAUGGAGGGACCCCCACGUACCGAAUCCUCUGUAUAUAAAUGAAUCUAAUGCUUGACAUAAACAGAUUAACUAAUUUUGUUUAGUGUUAACAUUUUCUAUCCUUGAAAUUAAUGGUUGCAAUUGCGACAUCGUCAACUUUUUGUUAUUUUGCUUUUAGCCUUUUUUUUAAGCGAUGUUAAUAAAACAAUAAAUAAAACCUGUCUGUGAGAGGGC